AUGUCACGCAGAGACCGCAGACUGCCACAAACUAUUUCGGAAAAUUCAGAGGACUGCUCAGAACCAUCAUGCCGUAGAAACGACGUCUCAUCCGGCAUCGUUUACCAGACCGUAAGUUACGACGCUGACGACGAAAAAUCAUCUGGUUCGUCUUUGCCCACACGGGAGCCACAUCCUCCACUGCAAUCACCUCCACGGAAAAAGAUCGCUUUGAAACGGAAAAAGCCCGUGAAACCCGCCUCUGCAGCAGUCGUCGAGGACACCGAUCAGCUUGCCGUGGACUCCUCGGUGACACUCGUGACGAACCACAAAAAAUCUGUAUUAUAA